GAACCCGGGACUCGUCCUCAUCCGAGGCACCGGCAACCGGGCUUUCCUCCACGGCACGGCUCCCACUCUCGUCCUGUGACUGCAUGCAAGUUUCUCCCCCCACCGCCCCCCAUUCUCCGCUCAGCGAACUGCUGUAGUUCUUCUCCGCUCCUGUCAAAGCAAAUUGGCGACCUUGACGGUGCGCUCUGGGGAGGAACUUUACGGGGGGUGUGCUCCAUUUGUGGCGCUCCUCUUCAGAAAGGAAAGGAUUCGAGGAAAAGUCUGUUCUGUGCUUUGGAGAAGAAGAAAAGAGAAAGAACAAAAACACCUAAGCACUCCGCCGGGGACAAGGCGAAGGAGGAAGUUAAGUAAAGAGAAGAAGACGAAGAAAAAGAACAAACCAGCAUCUCAAGGACGCACGACGUGUAAGUGGGGAAAGGUGUUCUAUGAGGUGCAGCUUUCCUUCUUACAGGUGCAGCAAGAGACAGACUGUCUUGUACUUGGACUUAACCUGGAUUCAUCUGAUUGAGUUGCAUCCUUCAGAUAAACAAACGCGCUCUGUUUCGGUACUCCUACGGAAAUAUUUUACAAUCAACGAGGCUCGUGGAACUGCAGCGAACUUAGACUGUAAAACAAACACACAGUUUGACCGAAUUUCUCCGGUCGCCACAGGCUACGGCAGAGGCUUGGUUUUGCGCUCCGGGGUCGGUGCGCUCUGCUCGACUUUAGUGGUCGCAGGUCCUCCUGACAGAGAGAAUCAAGCAGCAGGCGAACGGCACCACAGCCACGGCGGGACUCGGCCACUACGGCAUGCUUAAAGCUCACCGGGCACUUGUUGUCCAGUCCUCCCGGUUUGGGACCAUGUUUGAGGACUCCUUUAACAGAUCGAUGUGGCGCGUCGCAUGGAUUUUAUUUUUUUCCUUACUCAUCCACUGCGCACAACCUCAAGAUGACGUGCCUCCCUACUUCAAGACUGAGCCAGUGCGUAGCCAGCUCCAUCUGGAACGUAACAGGCUGGUGCUGACCUGCAUGGCGGAGGGAAGCUGGCCACUAGAGUUUAAAUGGAUCCACAAUAGCACAGAAUUAACACGCUUUUCACUGGAGUACAGGUACCUAAUCCCUUCACUGGACCGCUCCCAUGCUGGCUUUUACCGCUGCAUUGUGAGAAAUCGGGUGGGAGCCCUUCUGCAGAGGCGCACAGAAGUACAAGUGGCCUUUAUGGGCAGUUUUGAGGAAGGCGAACGUACCCAGUCAGUCUCUCAGGGAGAGGGUGCUGUGAUUCCAGCACCACGCAUUCGCAGCUUCCCUCAGCCACAAGUCACCUGGUUCAGAGAUGGGCGCAAGAUUCCACCGAGCAGCCGCAUUGCCAUUACUUUGGACAACACACUGGUUAUCUUGUCUACCGUGGCACCGGAUGCCGGACGCUACUAUGUGCAAGCUGUAAACGACAAGAAUGGAGAGAACAAGACCAGCCAGCCCAUCACCUUGUCAGUAGAAAAUGUUGGAGGUCCAGCAGAUCCCAUUGCCCCCACCAUUAUCAUCCCUCCCAGGAACACCAGUGUGGUCACAGGCACAUCAGAGGUCACGAUGGAGUGUGUGGCCAAUGCCAGACCUCUUAUCAAGCUGAGUAUCACAUGGCGUAAGAACGGCGUGUUGGUGAGCAGCGGUUUGAGUGACUUCAACCGCAGACUGACCAUCCUGAGUCCUGUGGUGAGCGACGCCGGCUACUACGAGUGCGAGGCCAUUCUGCGCAGCAGCAGCGUGCCUUCAGUCAGUGCUGGAGCUUAUCUGCAUGUCCUUGAGCCACCGCAGUUUAUAAAAGAACCGGAGAAACACAUCACAGCUGAGAUGGAGAAGGUGGUUGACAUUCCCUGUCAGGCACGGGGAGUGCCCCAGCCAGACAUCGUGUGGUACAAGGAUGCUUUGCCUAUCGACCCAGUGAGGACACCCAGGUACAGGGUGUUGGUGGGAGGCAGCCUCCAGGUCAACGGCCUACUGCCUGAUGACACCGGCAUGUUCCAGUGCUUUGCCCGAAAUUCAGCCGGAGAAGUUCAGACCAACACAUACCUGGCUGUUACAAGCAUUGCCCCGAAUAUCACAGCUGGACCCUCUGAUAGCACUGUGAUCGACGGGAUGUCAGUCAUUCUGCACUGUGAGACCUCUGGAGCUCCAAGACCAGCUAUCACCUGGCAAAAAGGUGAGCGCGUGUUAGCCAGCGGUUCAGUCCAGCUGCCCCGGUUCACCCUGCUCGAAUCAGGCAGCUUGCUCAUCUCGCCUUCACACAUCUCUGAUGCCGGGACCUACACUUGCAUGGCAAGCAACUCAAGGGGCAUUGACGAGGCCUCUGCUGACCUUGUUGUUUGGGCUCGCACUCGGAUUACCACCCCCCCACAGGACCAGAGCGUUAUCAAAGGAACUAAAGCCAUUAUGAACUGUGGAGUCACACACGACCCAAGUGUGACAGUCAGGCAUGUCUGGGAAAAAGAGGGCUCGGUGAUAAACGUUCAGUCCAUCCCCCGCAUGCGGCUAGAUGCAGAUGGUACGCUUCACAUCUCCCAAACCUGGUCGGGUGACAUAGGCACCUACACAUGCAGAGUGACCUCUGUUGGAGGCAACGACUCCCGCAGCGCGCACCUCCGUGUCAGACAGUUGCCCCAUGCCCCAGAGAACCCUACGGCCGUGCUGAGCAAAUCUGAAAAAAGAGCCAUCGACCUGGCUUGGGCCAAGCCGUUUGAUGGCAACAGUCCCCUCAUACGCUAUAUCCUGGAGGUUUCUGAGAACAAUGCUCCCUGGGCCAUCCUGCUGGCCAAUAUUGAACCAGAGUCCACAGCGGUGACGGUCAACGGCUUGAUCCCAGCUCGCUCCUAUCAGUUCCGCCUCUGUGCUGUUAAUGAUGUGGGGAAGGGACAGUUUAGCAAGGAGACAGACCGGGUCUCUCUCCCAGAGGAGUCCCCCAGUGCUCCUCCUCAAAAUGUCAUUGCUAGUGGUCGGACCAACCAAUCUAUCAUGAUCCAGUGGCAGCCUCCGCCGGAAAGCCACCAGAACGGCAUCCUCAGAGGCUACAUCGUUCGGUAUCGUCUCACUGGGCUGCCUGUGGACUACCAAAUCAAGAACAUUUCCAGCCCAGAUAUGACCACACUGCUGCUGGAAGACCUCAUCAUCUGGACCAAUUAUGAGAUUGAGGUGGCUGCCUACAAUGGGGCAGGUUUGGGCACUUUCAGCCAUAAGGUUACUGAGUGGACCCUGCAAGGAGUGCCCACCAUAGCUCCAGGCAACGUGCAGGCCGAGUCGGUCAACUCGACAACUAUCCGUUUUACGUGGACAGCCCCUAACCCCCAGUUCAUCAACGGCAUUAACCAGGGCUACAAGUUGCUGGCCUGGGAACCUGGCAAGGAUGACGAAGUUGCCAUGGUAACAGUACGACCGAACUUCCAGGACAGCGUCCAUGUGGGAUAUGUGACAGGUCUGAAGAAGUUCACCGAGUAUUACACCUCUGUGCUGUGCUUCACCACACCCGGAGACGGCCCCCGCAGCCCGCCUAAAGCAUUGAGGACGCACGAGGACACCCCCGGUGCAGUGGGUCAUCUGAGUUUCACCGAGAUCUUGGACACCUCACUCAAAGUCAGCUGGAGUGAGCCCAGCGAGAAGAAUGGAGUUCUCACAGGUUACCGCAUUUCUUGGGAGGAGUACAACCGAACAAACACCAGAGUCACCCACUACCUGCCCAAUGUCACCUUAGAGUACAGGGUCACCGGGCUCACUGCUCUCACCACCUACACUAUUGAAGUGGGAGGAAUGACCUCCAAGGGCCAGGGCGUGCUGUCCUCCUCCACCAUUUCCUCUGGUGUCCCACCAGAGCUUCCUGGCCCUCCUACCAACAUGGCAAUUUCCAAUAUUGGCUCACGCUCCAUCAACCUGCAGUUCAAACCUGGCUAUGAUGGCAAAACUUCCAUUUCCCGCUGGCUAGUGGAGGCCCAGGUGGGUGCAGUAGGAGAAAAUGAGGAUUGGUUGAUGGUCCACCAGGUGUUCAACGAACCUGAGGCUCGCUCCUUAGAGGUGCCAGGUCUCAACCCAUAUACCUCUUACAGGUUUCGGAUGCGUCAGGUGAACAUAGUGGGUACCAGUCCUCCCAGCCAGCCCUCCAGAAAAAUUCAGACCCUACCAGCUCCUCCCGACAUGGCCCCUGCCAACGUCACCCUGCGCACCGCUAGUGAAACAAGCCUCUGGUUACGAUGGAUGCCUUUGCCUGAAUGGGAAUAUAAUGGGAAUGCAGAGCAGGUGGGCUACAGGGUUCAGUACUCCCGUGCAGGCUCACAGGGCCAUCCACUCACCCAUGUUAUUACCGACCGUCUGGAGAGAGAGUUUACUAUUGAGGACCUGGAGGAGUGGACAGAAUAUGAGGUCAGGGUCCAGGCUGUCAACGGCAUUGGAGUGGGACCCUGGAGCCAACCGGUCAGAGGCAGGACACGGGAGUCUGUUCCCUCCAGUGGUCCCACCAACGUCUCUGCCUUUGCCACUACUUCAAGCAGCAUCCUGGUGCGCUGGUUUGAAGUCCCAGAGCCGGACAGGAAUGGGCUCAUUCUGGGCUACAAGGUGGUUUAUAAAGAAAAAGACUCGGACAGUCCAGUCCACUUCUGGACAGUAGAGGGGAAUGCCACUCACAGUGUCCAGCUGACUGGUCUGGGGAAAUAUGUGCUCUAUGAGAUCCAAGUUCUGGCAUUCACACGGAUUGGAGAUGGACGGCCGAGCUCUCCACCUAUUCUUGAAAGGACCUUGGAUGAUGUCCCAGGACCUCCAGUGGGUAUCCUGUUCCCUGAAGUCCGGACCACCUCAGUCCGCCUUAUUUGGCAGUCCCCUGCCCAGCCGAAUGGCAUUAUACUUGCUUACCAGAUCACGUACCACCUCAACUCCACCAAUAGCAACACAGCCACAGUGGAUGUGCUGAACCCUAGCGCCCGCCAGUACAUGGUGACUAACCUCAAGCCAGAAACUGUCUAUGUGUUUCGCAUUACGGCACAGACAAGGAAAGGCUGGGGCGAGGCGGCCGAGGCGCUCGUGGUUACCACGGAGAAAAGAGCUCGUCCUCAGCCUACCAGCCGCCCCCUGGUUCCUCAAAAACACGUUCAGGCUCGCCAGGUGUUACUUUCAUGGGAGCCUGGUAGUGACGGCCUGUCCCCCGUGCGUUACUAUACGGUCCAGCAAAGAGAGCUUCCUGAAAGCAACUGGACAGUCCACUCAGCAUCUGUCAGCCACGAGGCCACAACCUACAUAGUAUCCAGGCUGAAACCCUUCACAUCUUACCAGUUCAGAAUAAAAGCCACCAAUGACAUAGGGGACAGCGAGUACAGUCAGGAAAGUGAAGCAAUCACAACUCUACAGGAUGUGCCUGAUGAAGCGCCCUCGAUUCUCUCUGUCACGCCACACACAACAACGUCAGUGCUGAUCCGCUGGCAGCCCCCCUCAGAGGAGAAGAUAAAUGGUAUCUUACUGGGCUUUCGCAUUCGAUACCGCGAGCUGCUGUACGACCGUCUCCGCAGUUAUAUUCACACAGUCAACAGCGCAUCCGCCUGGGCUGAGCUCUCUGCUCCCUACAGCCUCCGAAAUCUGAGUGAUUCAACGCUCACCCAGUAUGAGUUAGACAAGCUAAGUAAACACAAGCGUUAUGAGAUACGCAUGAGUGUGUACAACGCCGUGGGUGAGGGGCCAACCAGCCCUCCACAGGAGGUGUUUGUUGGAGAAGCAGUGCCGACGGCCCCGCCCCAGAAUGUGGCUAUUCAGUCCGCAACAGCCACCCAGCUGGAUGUGACGUGGGACCCUCCACCUGUGGAUGCACAGAAUGGAGACAUCCAGGGAUACAAGAUUUACUUUUGGGAAUUCCAGCGUAAGAACGAGACUGAGCGGAUGCGGACUCUGUUUAUGCCUGAAGGAGGGGUGAAGCUGAAGAAUUUGACUGGUUACACCACCUAUAUGAUCAGCGUGGCUCCAUUCAACGCCGCUGGGGACGGACCCCGAAGCCCACCAACGAGAGGACGCACUCAGCAAGCAGCUCCCAGUGCUCCCGGCUUCAUUCACUUCAGUGAACUGACCACGACCUCCGUCAACGUGUCCUGGGGCGAGCCCACCUUCCCUAACGGCAUCAUUGAGGGCUACCGUCUGGUCUAUGAACCCUCCACACCUGUAGAUGAGUCUUCAGUGGCCUGUGCCGACUGUCUCCACUCCCCCUCCCCCCCAGGCGUCAGUAAGACAGUGACGGUGGAUGUGAAGGGGACCGGCCCUCUGUGGUUGAAGAUCAGAGACCUGGCAGAUGGCGUCACGUACAACUUCCGCAUCCGGGCCAAGACCUUCAUCUACGGGCCUGAGGUGGAAGCAAAUAUCACCACGGGACCAGGGGAAGGUGCCCCAGGACCCCCUGGAGAGCCAUUUAUUACGCGCUACAGUUCGGGCCUCACCAUUCACUGGACCCCUGGAGACCCAGGACGUUCUCCCAUAACACGCUAUGUAAUUGAGGCCAGACCCUCAGAUGAGGGUUUGUGGGAUAUCUUAAUCAAGGACAUCUCCAAGGAUGCAACAUCGCACACGUUCAACAUGGACAUCCUGAAACAAGGUGUCAGUUAUGACUUUCGGGUCAUCGGAGUGAACGACUACGGUUAUGGCUCUCCGAGUCUACCUUCUCCCUCCAUAUCUGCCCAAAAAGUGGCUCCUUUCUAUGAGGAAUGGUGGUUCCUGGUCGUGGUGGCUCUAGUGGGACUCAUCUUCAUUCUGCUGCUAGUUUUCAUCCUCAUUAUCAGAGGACAGAGCAAGAAGUAUGCAAAAAAGUCUGAAUCAGGUAACAACUCCAACUGUAACGCUCUCACCCACGGUGAUAUGGUCAGCCUGGACGAAGGACGUUUCCCAGCUCUGGAACUUAACAAUCGACGGCUGUCUGUAAAGAACUCUUUCUGCCGGAAGAACGGCGUCUACACCAGGUCUCCUCCCAGGCCCAGCCCAGGCAGUCUUCACUAUUCGGACGAGGAUGUCAGCACCAAGUACAACGACCUGAUCCCUGCAGAGAGCAGCAGCCUGACUGAAAAACCCUCAGAAAUCUCAGACUCACAGGAGGCGCUGGUGUUUUCAUAUGGAACAGGUGGCCUACAUACACUUCCACUGCAUUUGGGCAGCGACAGUGAGUAUGAGGUGGACCCUAACCGUCAGAAGACCCACUCCUUCGUUAACCACUACAUAAGCGAUCCUACCUACUACAACUCCUGGCGGCGCCAACAGAAAGGCAUAUCCCGGGCGCAGGCCUACAGCUACACAGAGUCAGAGUCAGGAGAGCCGGAUCACUGCGCCCCACCACCGCUGCCCCCUCUACCUCCACUGCCACCCCAGCUGAGUUCACCAAGCCCUCAGCCUCAGCAGGCUCAGGGCCAGCCCCAGGGCCAAGGCAGCCUCUUUAGACCCAAAGGUAGCCGGACUCCCACCCCCUCCCAGCAGAGCUCCAACCCUCCGAGCCAGCACAGCACCUUGUACAGGCCCCCCAGCAGUCUAGCCCCUGGCUCACGGGCCCCUAUUGCUGGCUUUUCCUCUUUUGUGUGAAAAAUACUGAGGACAUAGAAACUUCUGAAAAUACCUACCCAACUUGUGUUGAAGAAGAACAUAGCAUUGCAGUCAGCCCAAUCAAGUCGCUCACUCUUUAUUUUCAUCAUCAGUUUAUUUUUCAUAACUUACAUGUUAUUUCUUUUAGUGAGCUUGGAUGUAUCAAAAACAUUCUGAUACUUUUUGAGGCGUUUUUUUGUCUAAUGUGUGAUAAUGUGCCAGUGUAAACUUUGGUUUCGCUCACCGGCUGAUCAAAACAAAAAAAAGGUCUCCGCAACAUCUAUUCACUUUUAUUUUGUUUGUUGAAAUACUUGCAUGGCUUUAUCAUUUAUUUCCUUCUUUUUACUUUUUUAAACUCAUUCAGCGGUAAUAUCUGAUUCUGUACAAAGUCACUAGAAUCUUUGAAAACACACACACACACACAUAAAUAUAUAUAUAUACAUAUAUAUAAAUAUUCUAUAGUAGACAUGCCUAGAAGACAAAAUCAAGUCAUUGCUGACUCUACUUUGACGAAGACUGAUAUGACAAUAUGAUGGAGCCAUAUUGUGGAAGUUAAAGAACAAUUAUUUGUUUGGACUGGAUGUAAAAACAAAAAGCUGCCAGCGUAAAGGUGGAAUUUAUGCCAAAUCGAAGACAUUUAAUGUGCUGGUUGUGAGAGUUUUAAAAUGACAUUGAAGAAGCAAUCAUGGAUUUCAAUGGAAAAACUUU